CAAUAUUUUUAUGAUCAAAGCUCUAGUUUUUACCGUGGGGUCAAUACAUAACGGACAACAAUGAACAAUCAAGUAAAUCAUUAACUAUUAACAAUAUAAAAAAAGUAUUUUUCUACAUUUACAUGAAGCACCAAUCACAAAUCAUGCAAUAUAUUGUGCACGAUAAUUCUCCAGCAUUAUUUAUAAGAGGACUUAGACGUCAUGUAUGACAAUUUAUAAAUAUCUACAAUUCAUUUACACGACGGCUUACACUCUAUAAAACCUGCUGCAUUUCGUACGCACAUUUUAAUAUUAUCAUCAUUUUUCCAAUAUGUAGUAUCCGCUCGGCCCGUCUCUGCCCAGAAUGUGUCUUCAGCUAAAGUGGACUAAUAUAAAUCUCUUGGGUUUGAGGGCCAGGCCUGACCUGUACUGUUGGCCCCCACGAGCCUUUGUUUGGCAGACGCCUCUGCUUCUCCUUUCAUCCUCCCUUGAGAUAAAUCCCUUGAUGGACCUUCUCGACUCUGGUUGAAAGUGCAGCGCAGCCGCCAUACAUCACAGCGGAGCUGGUCCGUUUGAUGUGGGGCUGCCGUGGCCCACGGGUGGGCUGGAGAUGGACUUCCUCGCAGUUCCCCCUAAAAAACUCACUCAUCAAUCCUAGCAUCUGACCGCAGAUCUCCUUCUUCUCCGGCCACCUCUGCCCUCUUGACCACGGAGAAGCAACAACAAGAACGCUCAGCACCAGGCCGGGUGGCGUUAGGGCAGAAGCAGCUAUCCGUCACUCCGAUCAGGCUCCUGGAAGCAUAUAAAUCACUACUUAAAUUGGUAAGGAAACUGACUGAUAUCACGCGACUCCUAGUCGCUCACCCAAAUGAAUGCAUUUAAAAAUAAACUUUAGUCGCAUCACAUGAAUCACGCUUUACUCCCUGAACCCAGCUGAUAAGAAAAGACUGAUAGUUCUGAUAAAUCGCUUUCACUUUCAGUUCCACGAGAUCCCGGUUAUUCCAGCUUCGUGUACCUAACCGUCCGCUGUCAGAAAACCAUCAGCGAUAUUUUUGUUUUUUUUUCCUCAAGCAAUUGCCACACCGUGUGCAUCAUGACUCACGAUAAGGUGCCAAAAUCACUUGAGGGGGAGGAAACCCCACACAAACACAGGAAGUGCUGCGUUUCACACACAGGGACACAGAGUCUGAGGUCUGUGCUCUGCUCCACUGAUUUUGGAAUAAGAUUAACCUGGCCUGGAGUUACGUUAUUGUUUCUCGUGACAGAGCGGCCUGAAAAAAACCACUGUGAAAAGUUGCAAUAUUUUGGUGCGUUGUGAGACCAAGGAAGUAAUAAAACAGCACAGAAAGUGCAAGCCAUUGAGGAUCUGUCAUAUUAGGAGCGGAAAUGAAAGUGGGUCUUGUUUUAGUGACGUUUAUAGUGGCUUUCCAACUUUUUUUUUGUCCUUGAAAACAAUGGCCGACAUGCAGAUUCAUGCAGGGAGAGAGAGAGAGAAAAAAAAAUCACUAAGCAGCUUCUGUGGUGAAAAAGUUGCUUGCGUAUUUCUUCGCUUGAGCAUCUGUCGUUACCAUAACAUGGUUAACUCGGCAUGUUAGAAUAAUGUCAUUGACCUGAGUGCUUCUGACCGAGGAAGGUUAUCAGUGGGGAAGAAUUCUGACCAGAUGACGGAGCGAAGGGACCACCCACCGUUAUUGGAGCAUGGGCGUUGUAGUCCACAUUUGCAUCUGCUUUAUUUAAAUCAUGUAAAUAUUCCAUGUAGUCACCCAGUUUACGCGAGCUCGUGAAACAGUUCGAGACAGGAGCAGCUAUCUUCACGUGUGUAGCUGUGUACGUGAUAUAAAAACAACAGCAUUCCCAAACUGCGUCCGUUUCUUUACUUAACUCCCUUCAUGAACACCUACUGUAAACUAGGGAAGCAAUUGAGAAAGAAUUCCCGAGUAUCUGUUACAAAUGUCGAAUGAAUUAUAUAAUAUUUGAUCACUGGUUUAUAUCACCCCCUCAUUCACUUAAUCACUGGAAUCCAGCUCAAUCGCACAACUUUCUUUUGUAAAAAAAAAAAAUAAUAAUAAUAAUAUGACAGUUUAGGCAUCAUUCUGGCGCCAUCUAGUGGACGCCAUGAAGAAAUCAUUAUUUAGUCGCACAUCACUUCUGGGCUUAUGCACAUAACCUGGUUUGCCACUAGAUGGCGUAGUGAUGUUGAAAAUAACUUCAGUUAAAAGGACUGUCUUUAAAAAACAGUUACAGUCCAUGAACGUUUCGAGAUAAGAAAUUGAGAUAUUUAUAUCAACUGAAAGCUUUAACGAGCUCUUUCUACUGGAAAAAGUACUGUCAUCCAUGCGUGUGCAAAUCUGUAUCGUAACAAAUUGAAAUCGUUGAGUUUGAGUACUUUGAAUAAUUUGUAUUAUAUCAAAGUGAGAGCAAGCUAUGUGUGUGUGUGUGUGUGUGUGUGUGUGUGUGUGUGUGUGUGUGUGUGUGUACUUCAGUUACUAAAUCAUCAUAGACUGCCUACCCAGCAGGACAACCCAACUUAAAAUAUUAAAUACGGUCUGCAAUGUCAUAUUUAAGUAUGCUAAAUAGUAUGUUUGCAGUGUACUUUAUUUCGCAUAGACGUAAUACACUUUGUGAUCAUUUCAAAACAAACGCUUUAAUUUAAAAUAUUUUGUUUCAUUAUUAUUUCGACGUCUAAAACCCACUAAAGCACAUCUAAAGUAGCCUAUCCGAUUAUCAUUUAUUUGCUAUUACAUUUAAAUUGAAUAUAUUGCUAAACUGCAGCUUCAUUGACACAUAAUGCAGUUGGAAAUACGUACACGACGCACAUUUUAAUAUUAUAAUUUCGUUGAGCGCGAAUGCUCUUUGCAAGUCGAGGGUACGCAGGUGUGUAAAAGCACCCAAGUAAAACUCAAAAGGCUGCUUAUUAAAUGUUUAAAAAGUCUUAAGAAGCGUGCAAGUCUAUUUCCAGCCGUUUAAAAUGCUAUUUGAACGCACAGUAACGAUAUCUAAAAGGGCAUCAAGAUAUCGCGCUACCUCGGACUGUUCGUACCGAAAAUGUUUACUUUUAUGUAAUUUUUAAUGUCCUGUCCAAGUAGCCCAGAAGGGCGGAACAAAAAUGAAGGCGAGGGGAAAACACGCAGGCUGUGUUUCAAAACGUACCGAGUCGCCUUAAGUAGACAGCGUUUUUAGCAUCGACUCAAUGAACUAAACCGCUCUCCGACGUGAUGUCUAGAAUCUGGAGCUCAAUUCCAAAACCGCUACGGAUGCUGCCUAGUUAGGCGGCUCGCUGUGUUUUGGAACGCCGCCUUGUUCUCAUGAAUCCCCAUUGGUCAGACUAAAGCUCCUGCUGCCACAAUACUGCACACACGUGACCCUGCUUUUCUGUACACACACGCACACACACACAGUAAAACACAGCAGGCACUUAAAAGCCAACGCCAUGGCGCUUUGACCACCAAUUUCACCCCAUAUCCAAACAAGCACCAUGAACCCUCUCCGUUGACAAACACGCACUAUCCCGCGGCUAAUGGCGAGCGCGCUGCAGAUGAAGCACUCCGGUCUGGAGCACACACGGAAGCGCGUAAUAGAUCCACGACGGAGACAAGCUGCGCUCUCAUUCCUCAGCAACAUCUCGCUGGACGGACGACCCGUGCAGGAUGACGGGGAGAAUCAGACCGAGGACGAGGACAGCUCCAGGACUAGACAGAGCCUGGUUUCUGCAGUGGGCCAGCAGGCAUUGGCCGCGGCAGCGAACCAGGCUCUCAGCAGCGCCCGAGCUGCUGGUUUCAUGGCUGGGAUCACGGGUCCCAGCGCGGCCGCCUCUGCCUCUGCUGCUGCUGCUGCUGCUCCUCCUCCUCCAGCGUGCGGAGCGGAUGCGGAGGGGGAUGUGUGCGGCUCUCAGGUGCUCCAGUCCGUGUUCAGCUCCCCCUUUUCAGCAGUUCCGCCGGCUACGAGAGGGAGACUUCAGACGUACACUCAGGGAAUCCUGCCCGUGUCCUACUCCAGGCAGUCCAGCCAGAACUACUGCUGUCUGGAGGGAGGGCAGAUAGCCAACUCAGCCCUGGAACUGCAGAGAUCCAGGCGGCGACUAAUAUCCCAGCGUUCCUCACUGGAGACUCUGGAGGAUAUUGAGGAGAAUGCCCCUCUACGAAGAUGCCGGACUUUAUCUGGUUCACCCCGACCAAAGAGUUUUAAGAAGGUCCAUUUCAUCAAAAACAUAAGACAGCAUGACAUGCGCAAUGGAAGGAUAGUCCUUAUCAGUGGCAGAAGAUCCUUCUAUAGUGUUUUUUCUGUCCUGCCCUAUCGAGAUUGUAGCCAAACAGGGGAUGUGAAGGCAGAAAGCGGACGCCAGCGACACCCCUCGGGUGGCAUGAGUGCCAAGGAGAUGGUGAUCGGCCUGGAGGGCGUCGAGUUGGGUGCAGACGGCAAGACCGUGUCAUACACGCAGUUCCUGUAUCCAACCAAUGUCCUGGGUCGUCGAAACACCAUCGACUCCACGUCGUCUUUCUCUCAGUCCCGCAAUGCCAGCCACCGCAGCCUCAGUCUGGCACGUGCCAACAGUAACCAGAGCAGCCUUGAUACCGGCAAUGAACUGGGAGAUUUCAGGGAGUACGACCCCAAUCUUCUGGAUGACCCGCAAUGGCCAUGUGGAAAGCACAAAAGAGUGCUUAUCUUUCCUUCGUACAUGACGACGGUCAUUGAAUACGUGAAGCCGUCCGACCUGAAGAAAGACAUGAACGAAACAUUCAGCGAAAAGUUUCCACACGUUCAACUGACCCUCAGCAAAAUCAGAAGCCUGAAAAGAGAGAUCCGUAAAUUAGCCCAGGAGGAUUGUGGGUAUGAAGAACCGACCAUUGCCAUGGCUUACGUCUAUUUUGAAAAGCUCGCCCUGCACGGUAAACUAGACAAGCAGAAUCGUAAACUUUGCGCCGGAGCCUGUAUCCUGCUCGCUGCCAAGAUAAGCAAUGACCUCAAGAGGCCGGAGGUCAAACACCUCAUAGAUAGACUGGAGGAGCGUCUGCGGCUGAGUCGCAGGGAUCUUCUAUCGCUGGAGUUUCCUGUGCUGGUGGCUCUCGAGUUUAAACUGCAUCUGCCUGAGCGCGAGAUCUUACCACACUACAGACGCCUCUGUCAGACCCCCUGAAUCCAGACCAGACCG